GCAAACGUAAGGCACAGAAGUAGCAACAAACAUUCAAUGUCAUGAAGUUCUGUGAUGUUAGCUAGGGACAGACGACAGAAAUCUUCAAAACAUGAUAGUGUUUGUCAGGUUUAACUCCAGCCAUGGCUUCCCGGUGGAGCUGGAGGAGGUGGCGAGCGUGGCCGAGUUAAAGGAGGUGGUGGGGCGGCAGCAGGGGGUGCGGCCGGAGAGGCUGAGGGUCAUCUUUGCUGGAAGGGAGCUGCGCAGCGACUGCACCCUCCAGGGGUGCGACCUCCCUGAACAGAGCACGGUCCACGUGGUGCUGCCCCGCCCCGGAUCGGCCAGCGGGUCGGAUUCGGUCCUGCGGACCCGGCUGGCCCGGGGAGUGGACAGCCUGACCCGUCUGGACCUCAGCGCCUCCCGGCUGCCCACGUCUUCAGAUGGCCUGGCCGUCAUCCUGGAGACGGAUGAGCGCAGGCAGGGGGACGCAGCCGCACAAACAGAGUCUAGACCCCGCAGCAGCUUCUACGUGUUCUGUAAGACCGUGUGCAAAGCCAUCCGGCCGGGGAAGCUGAGAGUCCGCUGCAAAAACUGCAAGCAAGGAACGCUGACGCUGAGUCGGGGGCCAUCUUGCUGGGAUGAUGUCCUCCUUCCUGACAGGAUUCCCGGACUCUGUCAGUCCCAGGACUGCGAAGGCAGAGUGGCAGAAUUCUACUUGAAAUGUGCUGCCCAUCCCACCUGUGACGAUGACACCUCCGUGGCCCUGGACCUGAUCACCCCCAACGUCCGGGGCAUCCCCUGUAUCGCUUGCACCGACGUUGUGAGUCCAGUGCUGGUGUCACAGUGUCCAGACCGCCAUGUCAUCUGUCUGGAUUGCUUCCACUUGUACUGUGUAACCCGACUGAACGAGCGGCAGUUUAUCCACGACUCAGACAUUGGCUACUCCCUACCCUGUGCAGCCGGCUGUCCCAACUCCCUAAUUAAAGAGGUCCAUCAUUUCCGGGCCCUUGGUGAGGAGCAGUACGAGCGGUACCAGCGCUACGCGGCAGAGGAGUGCGUGCUGCAGAUGGGCGGGGUCCUGUGCCCCGCCCCAGGCUGCGGGGCGGGGCUUCUCCCUGACAACGGCCAGCGGAGGAUACAGUGUCAGAACGGUGGUGGACUGGGCUGCGGGUUUGUGUUCUGCCGGGACUGUAAGGAGGAGUUCCACGAGGGGCCGUGUCAAAUGAGGUCACCUCCAGGGACGGGUGCAGCGCUCCAGGGCUACGUCGUGGAUGAGGAGGCGGCGCGACGUGCUCGCUGGGAGCAGGCCUCCCGGGAGACCAUAGACGAGACGACCCGGCCGUGCCCGCAGUGCCGCGUUCCUGUGGAGAAGAACGGCGGCUGCAUGCACAUGGUGUGCCCACGAGCCCAGUGCCGCUACGAGUGGUGCUGGCUGUGCCGCGUCGAGUGGAACCGCGAGUGCAUGGGAAACCACUGGUUCGGCUGAACCGGGCCCGUCCCGCGCCAGGACGCCGCCCGGCCCGAAGACCCGACCUGCCCAGGGGGACACCAGAGCAUGCUGGGACUCAGGGAACCGGAACAAGGAGAUUUUUACAGCAAACUCCUGUCUCCUUGUAACGGGAGACACCUUGGACAGUGACGUUUCAAUGUAACGCAAACAACUGCGUCUUCACAGAACUCAUAAAUUUUAC